AUGUGAAUAGCGCACAGAAUACGGUCACACCCUUACUGUAGCAAAAAUUGGAAUUAUUUUUUUUGUGUUUCACACCUCAAACUCAUUUUUUUUAUCAAUCAAUUGCAAUAUAUGUGAAAAAGAACAUGAUUUUUUUAAGUUAAAGGUGUUAUCAACCGUAUUCGUUUGCUAUUUAUUUGCAAAAAUAUCUCAAAUGCGUAGUGUAUGUGCUGGUGUAAUAAAUGUGAUGUGAGAUAGUGAGUGUGAUUUUUUUUCGGCUAUACCAUCCGUACUCCAUUGUGGUUAAACGGGAACACAUAAGAAACAAAGCCAAAGACACAAGAGUUCGAUGUCCGGUUUUUACUAUGCGCUGUACGAACUGAAAACGAACGAGACAAGUGCAGAUUCACUAUUUUAGUCAUUGAAUAAAUAAAAAGAAAAGAAAAAUAGCAAAAAAAAAAGAUAAAAAUAAAAUAAUAAUAUUGUGAAAAUUACGUGUAUCAUUGCACUUAGUGGGAUUUUUUUUCGCAUUUAUUUGUUUUGCGUGGUGUAAUUUUUUCUAUUAAGUUAGUGAUGAAAUAAAGAGGAGAAUCGUACGUGCAUGAAACGAAUUGAGUAGUAAAAAAAGGACAAAGAAUAGAGCAAUUUGUUUAAUCAAGAGAACGUAGAUUUAUUAAAUUUAUUUCGAUGGCGGUGAACGGUGUCAGUGACGAUCAAUACAAAGUGCCGUUGAUAGCUAAGCUAUUGAAUUCGCUGCCCCAUUACAAUAUCACAUUUCAUCGCACUAAUAAUACCUUUCGACCGACCGAUGAAGUUUAUCUGGAGAGUUUGGGAAUUCUCGGUUCUGCACCGGCUGCACUGCUGAUCCUUUCAUUGUUCGGACUGUUAUUGUACUUAUUGACACGAUGUUGCGAUCGAAAACCACGAACACAGCACUCAAUAACGAGCUUGAAAGUGACAUUGUCAGUGGUUACGGUGCUUUGUUGUGCAGCCAUUGGCCUAGGACUUUAUGGUAAUGAUGAUUUACAUAAUGGUUUAUCGGAAGUUUUGGCAGCCGGAAGAAAAGUGGAUAACAUUAUAUCGUCGGUACGAAAUCAAACGCAAACAUUGGAAAGUACAUUGGCAAAUAAAAUAAGACCACAACUUGUCGAAUUAGCCGACAUCUUUGAUCAACCAGCAUCCAAUCAAACGGCACUCUCUCAGCUCAUUUUAUCGUUGACUGUUGUACAAGGUAACGUUUCAACAGCAAAAAACGCUGCUGCUGACAUUAGAAAACCUUUGAUGCAAGUUACAAUCAGUUCGUUUUUAUCGAAAGGAGAUCAAUAUGAAUUAAUUCGUUGGCCAGGAACGGUUGCUGUGUUGGCCCUUUUACUUGUGUUAUGCGCAGUUUUACUUGUGGGAGUUGCAAGACACUCACGAUGUGCUCUGAUUUUGUUUAGUGUGUGCGGUUUACUGGCGGUGACUGGAUCUUGGUUAAUGUCAGGCUUAUAUCUAUCGAGUUCGGUGGCUGUCGGGGAUCUAUGUAUGGAUCCAGCUGGCUAUCUGGUGUCACAAUCACCAAACGAUUUACCAAAUGACGUUUUACUCUACUAUACGCAAUGCGAUUCUUUUCGUUCGAAUCCUUUUACAUUAAGAUUGCGAGAGUCACAGAAUGCAAUCACUAAUGCACGUUCGGCAAUGAAUAUCGUUCAACGAAUUUCAUUGGUGUUGUACAAAUCAGCCGGAUUACAACCAAAACUUGGGGCAGUUACGGCUGAUUUAAAUUCAAGUGAGCGACUCUUGACCACAUUAACUGCAUUGGUUGAUUGUAAAGCUCUUCAUCACAAUUAUUUGAGUGCAACAAAAGGUUUAUGUGAGAAUGGAUUACUCGGAUUGGUAUUGAUGUUGAUAGCCAGUUUUACAGCAGCUAUUUUAUUGACUAUCAUGGUUUGGGUUGACUCGCAUACCUGGAUCUAUAUUCGCAAAAGGAUUGAUUAUUCACAAGUUGAUGAAGCAUCUUAUGCAUCGCAUCAGCAACAAGGCGUCGCACAAAUGCAGCAGCCAAAUCAUAACAACGUUACAGCCCGUACUCUCCCAAGAAAUAUGCACAAUGGACCUCCGGUUAUAAGUGGUUCGCACACAUUACAGCAUCCAGGUCGUAACAAGCAUGAAAUGAUGAUAUAUCAGCAGCAGCAACAACAACAACAGCAGCAGCAGCAGCAAAAUAUGCGUCAACUUGGUUCGAUGACGAUGGGUCGAAUGCCCCCAUCACACAUGAGCCCACAGCAUCACAAUAAGCAUGGACCAAAUAAUGUUUGCACAGAUGCAAGGCAAUAUGCGAUGCAACAACAACAACAACAACAACAACAGCAACAACAUCAACAACCAGGAAACGCUCCUCAACCUCAAUAUCAUCAAAUGCCCGCACAAAUUCCCCAAUACGGUCAAACCCAACCAACGUAUCAAACUCAACCACAAUAUGUAAUGUCACAAGCACAACCAAACCAGCAAAUGCAAGAUCGACCCCGGCAAAGUGUGCCCAACGAACAAAUGGCACAUAAUAUCUAUCAGCAACAAAUGAUGGCUGGUCUACCGCAAAAUGUGCUCUAUCAUCAGCAGCAAAUUCAAAAUCAUUAUUCGUUGCAACCACAAAUGCAUCGAUCGCCACCAACGAGUCAACAUCAAAUGCCGCCACAAAUGCAUCCUCAAGCCAAUAUUUAUUCGCAAAAUAAUGCAGCCGCCCUCAUGUCGGGAGCGGCCACAUUACGUCGUCCACCGCAAAAUCAAAUGCGCGAUGUAAUGGACCAAAAUCCGAAUGCCAAUUUACCCGAUCCAAUGAUGGACAAUCGUGACAAACAACAGAUUUUCAAAUACUCUACAUUACGUCAAGGCGGUAAAUUUGAUCCCAGAAAUUUCGGACCACGUCCAAACAUUCCAAACGGAGCACAAAAUCCGGCUACACAAAAACCAUCGAUUUUAAAUUGCCCACUGCCCGAAAUACCCAAAGAGCAUGCCGGUAGCAAUGGUAAUGAUGCCACAUCACCACGCAAUUUGAACACAAACGGAACUCCAGCUGGUGUGAAUCCAGCAAUGACACGCACACUACAAAGACCAUUUAAAAAUCUUCCACCAACUGGCAAAGCAAUUCCACCACCAAAAAUAGCCGAUUCACUGUAUCAAUCGAAAGCAGCCCUAACAGCCAAGCCACCAAUCUCCACAUCGAUCGCAAAUCCAACGAACGGCACCACCAUUACAACGCAAUCAAAUCAUCCACAACAACCGCAAUCAAUCCAACCACCAUCUUCACCUCCUUUACCUCCGCCACCUGAGCAAACACAAAACCUACCUGCGCCUAGCGACUAUGCUGUGACAGAGUUAUAAAUCAAUUCUUUGCACUGAUCAUUUAAUUUUGCGCCAUUCCAUUAUUCGAAUCGUUCGACCUUGAUCGCCUCAAAGACAAAAUGGAAAUUUAAGAACAAAAACGAAUAUGAGAGACUUGAUUAAAAUUCAGCAUCGAAAUUUUUAUAUAAUUAAUUUCAUGUUUUCAAUGUUGCCAAUCACAUGUGCAGAAGAAAAAAAAAUAUUGCAUGCAGCCAAAGAUC